AUGAGAUCAAGAAUUCAGAUUCCUGGGACUGAUUCUAGAAUACGCAGCGAUAAAGAUUUAUUAAGAACUCGCAAUAAUUGGUAUGUGGGAACAAAGGAUUAAGACAAGGAGAUAUGCACUGAUCGACUGGGAGCCAUCUUUGAUGGUUUGUGUAAAUAUGCUCGGUAUAGUAAGUUUGAAGUACAUGGCAUACUAAGAAAUGGAGAUUUCAGCAGUUCCUCUAAAGUAAUUUCCUCUAUGAGUUUUGAUCGGAAUGAAGACUAUUUUGCUACUGCCAGGGUUUCAAUGAAAAUUAAGAUUUUUGAGUUUAAUGCUUUCUUCAAUGAUCCUGCUGAUAUUCAUUAUCCAGUGAUUGAGAUGUCAAUCAAAUCAAGGAUCAGCUGUGUUUGCUGGAACAACUAUAUAAAAAACAAUCUGGCUUCAUCUGAUUAUGGUGUAAUCAAGUUAUGGGAUGCCAGCACUGGUCAAGAGUUUGCUCAAUACACUGAGCAUGCAAUGAGGGCUUGGUCUGUGAUGCUUCUGAAAUCCCUUUUUUGGGGGGAUGGUUCUUUUCAGAGAAACAGUUUAGAUACCAUUAAGCACGCUGCAAAUGUAUGCUGUGUACAGUUCUCUUCUCACUCCUCUCAUUUUCUGGCCUUCGGGAGUGCGGACUACUACACCUACUGCUAUGAUCUUCAUAAUACUAAAAUUCCGUGGUGCGUAUUGGAUGGGCAUAAGAAAGCUGUAAGCUAUGUGAAAUUUUUGGACUCAGAGACCCUUGUUUCUGCAUCCACUGACAACACAUUAAAGAUAUGGGAUCUUAGCAAAACCAGUAUGAGUGAUCCAUCCACCGAUGCUUGCAGCCUAAGCCUUGGUGGGCACACCAAUGAGAAGAACUUUGUCGCGUUAUCCGUUUCAGAUGGUUACAUAGCUUGUCGUUCAGAAACAAAUGAGGUUUAUGCUUACCAUAGAUCUCUGCCUAUGCCAAUCACUUCACACAAGUUUGGCUCCAUUGAUCCUAUUUCUGGAAAGGAGACCGAUGAUUAUAGUGCACAAUGGGUUUCGAGUGUCUUCUGGAGAGGGAAAUCAGACAUGGUGGUUGCUGCCAAUUCAGACGGGUGUAUAAAAGUGUUGCAGAUUGUUUAA